ACUGCCCACCACUUCACCAAGCGACCACCCCAAGAACCUUUUUCCAAGCUCGCCAUCAUGCUGCGCAUCGUGUCUCGCUUCAACCAGCCCGCGCGCCGCGUCGUGAAGACCUCGACCAAGUCGCUCGCCGGCGCGCACAACAUGCAGUGCCGCUGCGGCAACUGCGUGCAGCACCCCACGGGCUGCACGUGCCCGCGCUGCCAGUCGCGCUCGUUCUCGGUCAAGGCGCAGUCGCACUACGACAUCCCCAAGACGCAGACGGCCGUGGUGUUCGAGCAGAACAACGCGCCUCUGCAGGUCCGCAAGGACUGGCCCGUGACGCAGCCGGAGGAGCUCAAGCCCGGCGAGGUGCUGGUGCGCUUGGCGUACUCGGGCGUGUGCCACACGGACCUGCACGUGUGGCUGGGCGACUGGCCGCUGGACAACAAGCUGCCGCUGGUGGGCGGCCACGAAGGCGCGGGCUACGUCGCUGCCAUCGGCGACCACAGCUACACGCACCUGAAGAUCGGUGACCCGGUGGGUGUCAAGUGGCUGGCCAACUCGUGCCUGGGCUGCGAGGACUGCCGCAAGGGCUACGAGUCCACUUGUGUCGACGCGGACCUGCACGGCUUCACGGUCGAUGGCUCAUUCCAGCAGUGGUGCGUGUCGUACGCUGACCACGUGACGCCCAUUCCCAAGGAGCUGCCGAUGCACGCGGCUGCUCCGAUCCUGUGUGCGGGUGUGACGGUGUACAAGGCGCUGAAGGAGAUCGGCGGUGUGUGCGGCGACUCGGUCGUGAUCCCUGGCGCUGGUGGCGGUCUGGGCCACUUGGCGUGCCAGUACGCGCGCGCCAUGGGCUACCGCGUGAUCGCCAUCGACUCGGGCGAGGACAAGCGCAAACUGGUGGCGUCUUACGGCAUCACGGACUUCAUCGACUUCAAGGAAGGCAACGUGCGCGACAAGGUGCUGGCUGCGACCGAGGGCCGUGGCGCGCACGCGACGGUGGUGGUGGCGUCGGGCGGCGAGGCGUACAAGGACGCGCUGUCGUUCCUGCGCCCGCACGGCGCGGUGGUGCUGGUGGGUCUGCCCAAGGACACAUACAUCACGGCCGAGGUCUUCGGCUCGGUGCUGAACGCGCACCGCAUCAUCGGCUCGUACGUGGGCAACCGCCAGGACUCGAUCGAGGCGCUGAAGCUGGCCGCUGCUGGCGACGUGAGCACGACGUACAAGAUCGAGAAGCUGGAGAACCUGCCGGACGUGUUCGAGCGCAUGGCCGAGGGCAAGCUCGCGGGCCGCAUCGUGCUGGACUGCGAGUAAACGGUUGGUGUGGGCGCAGUCAGUACAGCAGCCCUCUGUGCAAGGGCAAGCGGCAGUGGUUGGCUGCGACGUGUCGAGUCGAGUCGAGUGCUUUUGUGUACGUACGGGGCGUGGCAUCGAGAAGCAGUAGUGAAGUGGAGAGCAGCUCUGGCCUCGGUGCGCGUGACCCCUUUGACAUGAUAAUUGAAAUGACUUUGUUUUGACCUGG